AUGUGGAGUGAUUUUGCGGCUGUUGCUAGGUUGAAGAAAUCCUGGGUAGAGUGCACAUUCCAGAAAAGAGACUGCAUUCGGUUUAUUCCGACCAAACAAGAACCUGAAAGGUGCGGUUGCGGAGAACUGCUAGGUGGUCAUACUUUGUCGGCCAGACCGUCGCUGACGUCUCAGGGUCAGGUGACAGAGCUAGAAGAACACUGGUCCAUGUCGCGGCACAGCGAAGUGUCUGCCACUGACGCCUUCGGAACCAUUGAAUUUCACGGUACUUCCCAUCCGCUCAAGGCACAGUACGUGAGGCUGGUGAGCGACACCCGCCCGGAACACGUCCUCCAGCUGUUCACUCGCGAGUGGCAGCUCGAGCUUCCCAAGCUUCUCAUCACCGUGCACGGCGGCAAAGCCAACUUCCACCUCCAGUCCAAGCUCAAGAAGGUCCUAUGCCGUGGACUCGUCAAGGCCGCCAAAACCACAGGGGCUUGGAUCUUCACGGGGGGCACAAAUACAGGUGUGACACGCCACGUGGGUGAAGCUCUGCUAAGCGAACGAACUCCGCAGCUUCGGGGAAGAGUGGUGGCCAUUGGCAUUGCGCCCUGGGGCAUCAUCGAAAACAGGAAGGACCUCAUCGGGGCCAAGAGAGUGGUCCAGUACUACAGCAUCUCGUCGCCCAAAAGCCGCUUCGCGGUCCUCAACCAGCACCAUUCGUACUUCGUCCUCGCCGAUAACGGCACCACGGGAAAGUACGGCGCCGAGAUCGGGCUCCGCAAGAGGCUCGAGAAGCACAUCUCCAGGCAGAAGUUCUAUCACCGUUCCAACGUGCAGUGGUGCGGCAUCCCGGUGGUGUGCGUGAUCGUCGAAGGUGGACUGAACACCGUGCGCACCGUCCUGGAGUACGUCACGGACUUGCCUCCGGUGCCCGUGGUGGUGUGCGACGGCUCGGGUCGCGCAGCCGAUCUCAUCGCUUUCGCACAUCGCUACAUCCCGGAUGACGAUAAACUUCCCGAGGGCUUCCGCGAUCAGCUGAUUACGACCAUCAAGAAGACUUUCCAGAUCCAACAAGAGCAAGCUGAACAGGUCUACGUGGAACUCCUGCAGUCCAUCAAGAAGAAAGAUCUGAUAACGGUGUUCCGAAUGGGAGAGGGCCCCUGCAAGGAACUAGACCAGGCAGUCCUGUCAGCAUUGCUCAAAGGACAGUUCCUUCCACCCGUUGAUCAGCUCAAUCUGGCACUGACCUGGAACCGGGCGGAUCUGGCAAGGUCGGACAUUUUUGUCUACGGACAAGAGUGGGCGCCCGGCGCACUGGAGCAAACCAUGAUGGACGCCCUUACGAUGGAUAGAGUGGAUUUUGUCCAACUCUUGUUAGAAAAUGGAGUCAGCAUGCACAAGUUCUUGACCAUACCGCGUCUGGAAGAGCUCUACUGCACCAAACACGGACCAAGUAACACGUUCCGCUUUCUCGUCAAAGAAGUGCGCAAGAAUCUUCCAUCCGGGUACCGAUACACACUGUACGACAUCGGAUUGGUUGUGGAGAAGCUGAUGGGCGGAGCCUAUCGGUCAGCCUACUGUCGACGAAAAUUCAGAAACCUGUACUCGACUGUCAUGCGGCGAAUGUCCACCGCUCCGACUCUGCACACGGCCUUGAACACGGAAGCAUCGGCCGCCCUCCUGGGGUCGGACUCGACCUUCAGCCAUCCGUUCAACGAGCUGCUGAUCUGGGCUGUGCUGAUGAAGCGGCAAAAGAUGGCCACCUUCAUGUGGCAGAACGGCGAGGAGGCCAUCGUCAGGGCCCUGGUCGCCUCCAAGCUCUACUGGGCCAUGGCGCACGAGGCCGCCCAGGACGACCUCGAAGCGGAUGCCUCGGAGGAGCUAAGACAUAACGCAAGAGAGUUCGAAAAGCUGGCGUUGGACCUGCUGGACUACUGCUACCGGCAAGACGAAGGCACCACGCUGCAGCUGCUGACGCACGAGCUCCAGAACUGGAGCAAGCAGACCUGCCUGGGGCUGGCCGUGGCCGCCAACCACAGCGGCUUCCUGGCGCACACGGCAAACCAGAUGCUUCUCGCAGAGCUCUGGAUGGGAGCCCUCCGGACUCGAAAGAACGUCAGCCUCAAGGUCAUAUUCGGCCUCCUUUUCCCACCGACGGUGCUCUGGCUGGAGUUUAAGUCCAAGGAAGAGCUCCAGCUGAUGCCCCAAACAGAAGAGGAACACUACCUGGACCUCCAGGACGACGAGGAGGACUCCAACCCUGACGUGGACGAUCCUCCGGGCGUCCUCAACCCUCCAGUCAUCAACCUCGACACGGACUCGCUCGGUGGACCCCUGGCUCGGAAAUGUUCGUCCGUCUUCAACCGCCUCGAGAACGGAAGUCUAUUUCCCAUGGACACCGACGCCGCUUAUCUCAAGAUAAGGACAAGAAAGCGACCCCUUCGUCUAGGGCGAAAGAUCUACGAAUUCUACGCUGCUCCGGUGACCAAGUUCUGGAGUCAUGCCAUUGCUUAUGGAAUCUUCCUUUGCUUCUUCACAUUCGUUGUUUUGGUAAAAAUGCGACCCGAACCAUCUUGGCAAGAAGUGUACGUGAUUGCAUAUAUUGUCACUCUCGCCGUUGAAAAGAUUCGAGAGGCGAUGAUGUCCGAGCCUGAAAACUUUACCCAGAAGAUUAUUGUGUGGGCCGUGAAAAAGUGGAAUCCCUGCGAUGUAGUUGUCAUCGUAGUCUUCCUGGUGGGCGUUGCUCUUCGCUUCACCCCUUCCAGUCACGCGGAGGGACGCUUACUCUACUGCCUCACCAUCAUGUACUGGUACAUUCGUCUGCUGGACAUUCUCAGUGUCAACAAGUACCUUGGUCCAUACGUCACCAUGAUUGGCAAAAUGGUGAUAAACAUGAUGUAUUUUGUGGUGCUUCUUCUGGUGAUUCUGAUGAGUUACGGCGUCGCUAGGCAAUCCAUUCUACACCCCCAGGAGACAGCGUCAUGGGGUCUAGUAAAAAAUAUAUUCUUCAUGCCGUACUGGAUGAUUUAUGGCGAAGUCUUCGCAGACAGCAUUGAUCCCGUGUGCAAGACGGACGGCAAACCGGGAGAAUACACCUGCCAGACGGGAAGCUGGAUUAAUCCGGCCAUCAUGGCGGUCUACCUCCUGGUCGCUAACAUUCUCCUGGUCAACCUGCUUAUCGCUGUCUUCAACAACAUCUUCAUCGAAGUCAACGCCAUUUCACAGCACGUGUGGAAGUCGCAGCGCUUCACCGUGGUCAUGGAGUACGAGCAGAAGCCCGUGCUUCCUCCGCCGCUGAUCGUGCUGUCGCACCUCCACCUGGCCGUCAAGUGCGGCUACCGCUGGUGGAAGGGAAAGAGCCGCACCUUCGACCACGGCCUCAAGCUCUUUCUGGACGAAUCGGACAUCGAGAGGAUCCACGACUUCGAGCAGGAGUGCGUCGAGGGAUACUUCCGCGAGAGCGAGGUCCGCAUGCAGAUGACCACCGAGAACAGGGUCCUCACCACCACCGAGAGAGUCGAUUCCAUGUCGCAACGGGUAGAGGACAUCCACCAAUGGGAGAUGAAGGCGAACGCAGCUAUACAGAGUCUCGACAUUCGACUAACGCAACUUGAAAGCCUCUCCGAACAAAUCUCCACGUCUCUCCAACGCUUCAUCGAGGCCCAAGACACCGACGACGAAGACGACGACAUAGACGGUACUCCUUCAGGCGACAGCGACGCGCAAGCCACUCCCUCGGGGCCUCACAGUCCUUCACCGCCGACUCCUCCUCCUCCCCCUCCUCCCGGGAUCCAAGCCCCGACCAUACCUCAACAAUCGAAGUCGGAUGAAGAACAAGGUAUAGUUCCUCCCACUGUGGUUGUGGAGCUCUCGGAGCCCGCACUCCCGCCGACCACGUCAGAACCCCUAGCGAGACAAGGAUCAGGACGCCGAAGAGGCACCUCUAUACGCCGCCGGAACCACCAACGCCUCAGCCGGCAGCUGACGCUCGCGACGAACGAAGUAUUCGACCAAGCUACAGUGAGACGAAAAAACCUUCAACGCUGGCAAAGUGUGUGCCAACCAGAGGUUGCAACCGGAACCGAUCCGCUUCUGCAACAGCCUGCCGCCAGGCCUAGCCGCCUGGAGCGCGGGAUGUCUUGUGUAAGCAGAUGGACCGAACCACGGCCUUCGUCUACGAGGGCUCCUUUCCUCUCGACGCUCCGUGGAGAGUACACGAGCAUCACCGACGAGCUGGAGAGUACGGCCUGUCUUCUGCCACCUCCAGAGAGCCCUACGUCACCGGCACCCACGCCAAUGGUCGCGGCCAUAGCAGCCGAGACAGAGAUCCUGAGAGAUGCAGAGGCGGCCGAUUACCAGAUGAUGGGUGGACUCAUUCAGAGGCGUCUACACGGAGAUGACCAGUCUCUAGAGGAACUCAGUGACUUCGGAGAUGACUCCGACGUCGAGGAAAUUGUUGGAUCCGGGUCUAGGCGGCUGAUGAUCCGAGUGACGCCUGCUCCUGAAGAGGGCAGGAGAGGCAGCUUCCCCACAGAAACGUCAUACGCCGUGGGUAGUCAAAAUCUUACAAUGCUGGCGUCGCAGCGAGUGUUUGGCAAACGCGACAGAGGACGACAAUUAGAUUGCAGAAAUUAG